UUGGAUAUGAAAAUCUGCCACAUCCUCCCUACUCUCCGGACCUCUCCCCUAAGGAUUAUCAUUUUUAUUAGACAUAUGGGCCACUACUUACAGGGAAAAAAAUUUAAGAAAAAAGGAAUUAGAAAAUGCGUUUUGGGAGCUUAUCAAUUCUUAAGAUUGGAAAUUCUAUUCCAAGAUGGCUGCUGUUGUGUUCUCUGAACAUAUCUGUCACCGUAGGAGAAAUCUUUGGUGACGUGGAAUCCUGCGGACCGGACGUCGUGUGUGAAGGCAAGACGCCAGAGAAGAACCCUGAGUACUUCAAGCCGACGAUGAGCAAUCUGCAUAGAUGUUACUGUGAUGAGGAAUGCGUGAAGUACGGAGAUUGCUGCAAGGAUAGAGCACCAUUCCCAUAUAGCCCUGUCGAAAACAUCACAUGGUCCUGCGUAGCUAAUUCUUACAACCAAACCUUUUACGCUGUUUCUAAUUGUAUGAUAAAAGAACCAUGGAACAGACUGUGCCAAAAAGAAGUUUAUGUUUCACACAUGGAAUAUGUUUCGGAUCUUCCAGUUUUCUCAAACUACACCGGCUUAUACUAUGCAAACGUUUUCUGCGCUUACUGUGAUCCACGGUUGUGGCUAGAGUACGGACAUGUGCUGGCAAACUACUUCACAAAGCCUGAGCUCCUCACUGAGUGCACUCCGAAUAUCAAUAUAAACACGUUAAUGGCGGAGGGCCAAUACAUACCUCGGAGACUCAGCUGGAAGGUGAGAGAUGGCUACUGUGGUAUUUUCCAAAAAGAGGAAAUCGAACGUGGAAGACCGUGUAUCCCAUCUAUAUCCAGCUGCCCCGUCGGCACCGAAAAGUCCCUGUCUGAUAAAUGUGCAGCAUAUUCUCAGUUAUUAUCAAUAAAUGAUACUGUAUUCCGGAACCCUCAUUGCGCUAUCUGCAACGGCGUAGACCAGUCUCAUUCUCUCUGCAAGUACAAAAAACCUACAAUCAAGUGGCGUGGAAUAACUGAUAUUUUUAGUUUGAAUUGGUUUGUAGACAGUUGUCAGGAAAAAAUGCAUCUUCGUGAUAAUUUGCAUCAGGAGUGCAAAGCCGUCAAUUGCGAUCUGGUAUCUGGCAAAUGUCAUAUCAAUGAAUGCGAUGAUACAUGCCACCCCAAAGGCUAUAUACACAUGAGCGGAUAUUUAAUGUACGCCUGCCUCUCGGCCUCCAUUAUCUGCCUCUUGAUCCACGUGUACAGGGCCAUCUUCAUAUGCCCUCCUAGGAACUUGCCUUCCAGGAUCCUGAAUUCCCUAGCCUGGUCAAUGCUCAUCGCACAAACCCUCUUCCUCACAAGCAUGUACUCCUUAGCGAGAUUACCGCAUCAUGUUAAUCUAUGUUAUAUAACUGCUGUGACUAUACAAUAUUUCUUUUUAGCUUCUUUCAUGUGGAUGAGUGUGAUCAGCUUCGAUAUUUGGUUCACUUUCUCCAAUACUUUCCAGCUAAUCUCCACUAGUUACACAAAGUACGCAAUAUAUGCGUGGGGUGGCACCGCUAUAAUGACUACCUUCUCAGUUAUCAUCGACCUGACUGAUUUCUUCCCAUCCGAUUUCCGCCCCGAGUUCGGUCCGGUAAACAAUAUUUGCUGGUUAGGAAGUUACAACGGGCUUGCCUACUACUCUUUACUUCCUAUUGGCACUGUCCUCUUCCUCAAUACUGUAUUCUUCAUCAUGACAAUUUGUUUAAGCUAUUGGAAGGGAAGCAGAGGUGGGGGAAGAGGAAGGGGAGGUGCAGAGUGCAAAGAGGAGGGUAAGGGUGCACUGGGGAGGCGGUGCAGGAGGGGGCGGUGCACCGGGAGGGAUGCAGUCGGCGGGGAGCGAGGGAGGGACAGGAUGCCAGCUGGGGGCAGGAGCUUCGGCCGGCCAGGAGCAGGAGCUACUGCGGGGGUGGUUAGCGAGGCAACCCUUCGCUCAGGGGUGGUUUGGCUAUAA